GGUCGGGAAGAGAUUCUGACCAAUAGGAAGCCAGCAUUCGUCGGCGCUCGCCGUUGACGACGCGGCUGGCAAUCUCCCGGAGGCUUUCGCGGCUUUGCAUGACGCCCGCUAGGCCGAGACGAAACAGACAAGUCGAGCUUCAGGGGGGUAGCGGCAGGAAUAUAUAAACCUCACCUCUGCGGCCCUCCAUCCUGCCUCCCCAUCCAUCCACACAAGCCUUCAAACCCACCACCACCACCGCAACUCAAACAAUCCCAUCAACCAAUCAACAAACACACAAUGUCUGGCCGAGGUAAAAGCGGAGGCAAGGGUCUCGGAAAGGGCGGUGCCAAGCGUCACCGUAAGAUCCUGAGAGACAACAUUCAGGGUAUCACUAAACCUGCCAUUCGUCGUCUGGCUCGUCGAGGAGGUGUGAAGCGAAUCUCCGGCCUGAUAUACGAGGAGACCCGAGGUGUUCUCAAGAUCUUCUUGGAGAACGUUAUCCGGGACUCGGUCACUUACACUGAACAUGCCAAGCGGAAAACAGUCACUUCUCUGGAUGUCGUCUACGCGCUCAAACGUCAAGGACGAACACUUUACGGAUUCGGGGCAUAAUCGACCAACCAAACCCACCCUGUCUACUCACUCCUCUCUUGUCUUCUUCUGUUUGCUUUGACCAUUGUAGUGUACUUGUUCCAAUGUCUUCUUUCGAAAAUUAAAUAAUCUUAUAUCAGAUAAACAUGUCCGUCGUGAGAG